UGACACGUUUCCCCUACUCUCCUCCAUUUCGACUAAAAUAAAAAGGUCGACAAAUUGUCCAAACCUACCCAUUGAAGAAAAAGAUACCAACCCGAGAAAUUCUGAAUCCGAUAUUCACCAUUCUCUCCCUAGUUUUCUAACCGUUUGGAAAAACAGAGCUCCGCUUUUUCUGUUUUCUCCGUCAUCUUCAGCGUGCUAUGACCUAUUAUUGAAUCAGAAAAAGUAUUUUUCCAGUUCCAACCGCUUCAAAAACAUAUGAAUUUCUUCUGGAUUCCGAUUUUUCCUCUUCUUUCUCGAGUAAAUACAGCUCUAGCUGCUUUUAAUUCCCAAUUCAAAUCGUUUCAAACCAAUACUCAUAUUCUAGGGUUCGCCAGAAUUUUCCUUUUUUCUCAGGAAAAUGCAACUCUCCUUUGAUUAAUCCGAAGCAAUCGGCUUCAAUCUUAUCGACCUUGGAAGGAAGUAGAGAAUAAAAAUUAAAAUGAAAAAAACUCGAUCCAGACCGAGUCAACUAGGUGUGCCACCCAGCUUGACGCAAAUAAACGCGAAGAGUUCGCCGUCUGUCAACCGAAGGCAGCAGCUGCUGAGCAGCAAGCCGGUGGCGGAGGAACAAAACAACAAGGGCGUGGAGGAGAAGCGGCGGCAGACAGUGGCGCCGGUAGAGAGCGAAAAGAGCAAGAGGAUAGGGGAGGUGGCUGGAGGGACGGCCGCGGAGUGCGCGGCGAUCUGCUGCUGCUGUCCAUGCGGGGUGAUGAACCUGCUGAUCUUGGCGGUGUACAAGUUGCCAGCUGGACUGUGCCGGAAGAUGUGGAGGAGGAGGAAUCUCCGACGGAAGAAGAAGAGAAAUGCUCUGCUGCAGCAGCGCCCCAGUGCUGCCCCCCCAACCUGCAGUUGCGAUGAGGGUAAUGUGCAGAUGAUUGAGAGAGGGGGCAAGAAUGGCGUUGACCUAGAUGAUGAGAUGUGGGCCCGCUUUUACGGGGCUGGCUUUUGGAGGAGCUCCUCUCAAAGAGAGGCGUGACGUGCACGCGGCAUAUUCAUUUAUUUUUGUGACCUGCGUGCUUGUGUCUGUGCUGAUUAAUCAGGGAUAAUUAUGUUUAUUGGCUUCACAAGAUUAAAUCCAACAUCUUUAAUUUUUUUA